AUGCUAGUUACUCUGCCUUUCCUUAUUCCCUUGCUUCCUCUUGCCUCAAGCUUCGUCCAUCCUGGUCUUCUUGUCUCUGACAGCGAUAUCACUCGCGCCCAGCAAAAGAUCAAAUCUAACGAGGACCCAUGGACCGCCUCCUGGAACGUCCUGACCAGUCUCCCUUUUUCUGACCCAAGCUACGUCGCUUCCCCUGUCAGCGUUGUCUAUCGGAGUGCCUGGGACGACAACGCGGAGAACGCAGAGAACCUGUGGCACGACGUCGCAGCUGCAUUCAAUCUUGCCUUGCGCUGGAAGAUCUCCUCUAACACCAGCUUCGCCGAUGCAGCAAGCAACAUACUCGAUGCAUGGGCGACCACCCUAACCGCGCUCGGCGGCGGCGAUGACAAGUACCUCACGGCUGGACUGCAGGGGUACGAGCUCGCCAACGCAGCCGAGCUUCUCCGUGACUACGAACCUUUUGCAACAAAUGUCCUUCCUUCCGUAAUCAAUAUGGCCAAUACGAUCUUCAUUCCAAUGCACUACAAGUGGCUGCACCAUGAGGAGCCAUCGGAGCAUAAUAUCCUCCACUUCUUUGCGAACUGGGAGCUGUGCAAUAUCGCUUCGGCUAUGGCCAUGGGGGUUUUAACGGAGAACCAGACGGUAUGGGACUUUGCAGUGAAUUAUUUCAAGGAAGGGGACGGGAACGGCGCAAUCAACAAUGCUAUCACUGAUAUUGUCCGAGAGCCCGGGACAGGUACGCCUCUUGGCCAGGGCCAGGAGUCCGGUCGGGACCAGGGCCAUUCAGCAUUGGAUAUUCAAUUACUUGCGGCGAUUGGACAGCAGGCUUGGAACCAAGGGGAGGAUUUAUUUGGUUUCAAUGAUAGCCGUAUUCUGAGAGGGUCAGCAGAACAGUCCCGUGUCCCGUCGACUUCCCAAACUGAUGUAUCCUAUAGAGCAGAGUACUGGGCCCGGUAUAAUCUGGGACACGACGUCCCCUUCGUUCCUUACACCAACGGCAUCGUCAGCUAUACGGAGAUCAGCAAUGCGUCUCGCGGUGCGAUGCGACCCACCUGGGAGCUGCUCUAUAGCCAUUACGUGAUGAUCAAAGGAGUGGAUGCACCCUGGACGACCUUGUUCCUCAACGAGUCUCUCAACUAUUAUGGGGGUGCAGAGGGCGGUGCAGGCUCCUGGGGCGAGGGAUCGGGUCAUUAUGAUGGACUCGGCUGGGGAUCAUUGCUAUAUCACCUGGAUGAGUCGGACGUAGCGGCUCCGAGUUCUUCAAGCGCAAGCACUAUACCAACUGCUUCUCCAUCGACUGCGCCUUCCGGCACAACGACAACUGGUUCUCAUCCUACCGCAAUAUCCUCUGGCGCAAAAUCAACCACAGAAUCAGCCACAUCUACGACUGUCGCUGGAAGCACUACCACCUCUGUGCCUCAGUCCUCUGUUCCUUCCACCUCUUCUCUCGACGCAGGGACUACUGAAGACCCCCAGCCGACCUUGCAUCCCACCGAAGACGGCCCCCGGGAGCUCGCCCACCAGCCACACUAUUAUCACCACAUCUAUGAACACACACGUGGGGGAUGUCGUGCGCAUUACAAUUAG